AUGGACCACGACGCUUUAAAGGAGCAAUGGGGCGAGGUUGAGGACCGCGAUGGCGUCCGUCUGAGCUGGAACGUCUUCCCCAGCACCCGUAUGGUGUCCAUGCCGCUCAGUUCUGAACCCCUUCUGGUAGGCUCUUGCCCUUGGCCACCCCGCCCCGAGAGCGUGACGCUUACCAGUUCCGACAGCCAGGUCGACGUGCGCGCCCGCCUCUGGAUCUGCCCCUUUUGUCUCUCGCGGAAUCCCCUACCGCCCCACUACAAGGACAUCACCGCCAACGCUAUCCCACCCGAGCUGCAUCCGUCGAACACGACCAUCGAGUACAGGUUGUCGCGCCCUGCCCCAAGUCCGCCCAUUUUCCUCUAUGUCGUGGACACGUGCCAGGAAGAAGACAGCUUGGCCGCCCUAAAGGAGUCGCUUAUCAUGAGCCUCAGCCUGCUCCCCGAGCAUGCGCUGGUUGGCCUGAUCACCUAUGGGACCAUGGCGCAAGUUCAUGAGAUUGGUUACACCGAGUGUGCCAAAUCGUACGUUUUCCGAGGUAGCAAGGAAUAUGCCGCCAAGCAAGUCCAGGAAAUGCUCGGCCUUGUACAACCGGCCAUGCGCCCGGGUAUGCCCGCGCACCAGCCAGGCAGGUCCAUGCCGAUGGGCCCUGCCUCCCGGUUCCUUCUGCCCGUGGCUCAAGCUGAGUUCCAGCUCACCAAGGCCCUCGAGCAAUUGCAGAAGGACCCCUGGCCAAUCUCUAGCGACCGUAGGAACCUGCGCUGCACCGGCGUGGCGCUGUCUGUCGCUGUUGGGCUGCUUGAGACGUCGUUCCAGAAUGCCGGUGGACGUAUCAUGCUCUUUGCUGGUGGCCCCGCCACCGAGGGCCCCGGUAUGGUCGUUGGCCCCGAGCUGAGGGAGCCCAUUCGUUCGCAUCACGAUAUCGACCGCGAUAACGUCAAGUACUACAAGAAAGCGCUCAAGUUUUACGAUAACCUUGCUAAGAGGACCGCCCACAACGGCCACACUAUCGACAUCUUUGCUGGUUGUCUUGACCAGGUCGGUCUUCUGGAGAUGAAGGGCCUCUGCAACUCCACAGGUGGCCACAUGAUUUUGACGGAUAGCUUUACUUCUUCCAUGUUCAAGCAAUCCUUCAUCCGCAUCUUCGAAAAGGAUGGGGACGAUAACCUCCUGAUGGGCUUUAACGCUGUGCUUGAGGUUCUCACAACCAAGGAGCUCAAGGUCACUGGCUUGAUCGGGCACGCGGUAUCCCUGAACAAGAAGUCCACUUCGGUGGGUGAAACGGAGUGCGGUAUUGGUAACACCUGCUCUUGGAAGAUGUGCGGCAUCGACCCCAAGGCUAGCUAUGGUGUCUACUUUGAGAUCGCCCAGGGUGGCCAAUCACAACAUCAGCAAAGCCCCCAAAAGGGUAUGAUCCAGUUCCUAACCUACUACCAACAUUCCUCCGGCCAGUUCCACCUCCGCGUCACCACAAUUGCGAGGAACCUCAGCGGGCCCGCGGGCGACCCCGCGAUUGCGCAAUCAUUCGACCAAGAAGCCGCGGCUGUCCUCAUGUCCCGAAUCGCCGUCUUUAAGGCCGAGGUUGAUGACGGACCUGAUGUUCUCCGUUGGGUCGAUAGGAUGCUUAUCAGGCUGUGCUCAAGAUUUGCGGACUACCGCAAGGACGACCCGUCGUCGUUCCGCCUGGAGAAGAACUUCACUCUCUAUCCGCAGUUUAUGUUCCACUUGAGGAGGAGCCAGUUCCUGCAGGUGUUCAACAACUCGCCAGAUGAGACGGCUUUCUACAGGCACGUACUCGACCACGAGGACGUCAGCAACUCCCUCGUCAUGAUCCAGCCCACCCUCGACUCAUACACUUUCGACCAAGAAGGCGGACAGCCGGUCCUCCUAGACUCCACUUCCAUCCAACCGACCCACAUUCUCCUUCUCGAUACGUUCUUUCACAUCCUCAUCUUCCACGGCGAAACUGUCGCCGAGUGGAGAAAGGCCGGGUACCAGGACCAGGAGGGCUACGAGAAUUUUGCUGCUCUCCUGGAGCAGCCAAAGGAGGACGCAAGGGAUCUUAUCACCGACCGCUUCCCCCUCCCUCGUUUCAUCGUCUGCGACCACGGCGGUUCCCAGGCGCGUUUCCUCCUCUCCAAGCUCAACCCGUCGACCACACAUACGUCGGGCGCUGGGGCGUACGGCGGCGUGGGCGCUCAAAGUGCACAGACAAUCUUCACCGAUGAUGUGUCCCUGCAAACAUUCAUGGAGCAUCUCAUGAAACUGGCUGUGAGUGCUCCUAAGGUCGACCCCAACGAGAUCAAGGUCAUCCACCUCCGGGCGACCGGUGGUGAGGUCGGUGCCUCUUCGGCUCUUGCCCCCAAGAUCGGUCCUCUCGGUCUCUCGCCGAAGAAGGUCGGUGAAGAUAUCGCCAAGGCCACUGGUGACUGGAAGGGUCUCCGCGUGACCGUCAAGCUCACGAUCCAAAACCGUCAAGCCGCCGUCUCGGUCGUCCCCACAGCCUCGUCGCUCAUCAUCCGGGCGCUCAAGGAGCCCCCUCGUGACCGCAAGAAGGAGAAGAACAUCAAGCACAACAAGUCCGUCAGCCUGGAUGAGAUCAUCGACAUUGCGAGGACAAUGAAGUACAAGUCCUUCUCCAAGGACCUGAAGGGGUGCGUGAAGGAGAUCCUGGGCACUGCCUUCAGCGUCGGUUGCCAGGUGGAUGGCAAGAGCCCGAAGGCCGUCAGCGAUGCGAUCGAGGAAGGCGAGAUCGACAGUACGUUUAUUUUUUAA